AUGAAGGUGAUGCAGUUUAGAGUUGGAGAAGAAGUCGAGGUCUUCUAUGCACUAGAAAAAUGGAGUGGGAAAGUUGGUGCAUGGAUUCCUGCGACCGUUUUGAAGGUGGACGAAUCCGAAUAUUAUGAGGUAGAGACUAGGACGCUGUUGGAGAUAAAUAGGAUGAAAAUGCGUGUUGGAAGGGAUAAAAUAAGACCUCGGCCGUCUCCGGAGGAUGAUCAAUAUGAUCGGAUCUUUGAGGAAGGCCAAGUCGUUGAGAUACGUUUUUUUCAUGACUUGUGGAUCACUGGGAAGGUCUGGGAAGUCCAUCAUCAUGGCACAGCUGGGAGGAACAACAUCUCUUAUUCUGUCCUUGCCGUGGAUCCAUAUUGGUGUUAUCUAGAAAGAAAAACAGUGUCCAAGUCGCAAGUACGAGUACGGCGGGAAUGGGUGGAUGGGGAAUGGGUUCCUACGCCACCGCUACGUUUACAUAAUCAACAGGGUCUUUUUAUAACUUCAAUCAAGAGUCGAGACUUUUCCAGUGGGCUCAAAGACCAUUCCACAAUAGAAAGGAGGUCUGAAGAAAGGACUACUCUUCUUCAAUUAAGAGACCGUGGGGCUCAAGUUGAGGUUUUUGAGGAUUUUAUGAAUAAGUGGAUGUGUGCCACCAUUAAGGACUUGCAGGAAAACCAAAUAAGAGUUCAAUAUACUGUUUGGUCUUGGGUUAAAAAUUCUUUGCAUGAGAUUGACAAGUUUUAUGAUAUGUCUCGAGUAAGGUUGCUGUUGCCACCUGAGAUAAAAUAUGGGAAAAUCUCUCUUAAUUUGCACCAAGUGAUUGAAGUGUGGAACAGUGACUAUCUUGCAUUUAGUAAUGGUUGGUGUCUGGGAGAGGUCUUGGAGAUAGGUUAUGUCAUGAAGGACUCAAAUUGUAUAUAUUAUUGUGUCAGCCAUCCAAGACUGGGCUACAUAAAUGUGGAGGAAAGUGAAAUAAGGAUUUGUCAAAAAUGGGAAAAUGGUCAAGGGUUUCAACCAUCGUCGGCUUUGAAUAUGGCACCGCCAUUAAAAAGAAGAAAAAUGGAGGAGACUCGUUCAUUAAUUGGAGCUGAGGUUGAAGUCUACAGCUUUUAUCACGAUGGAUGGAUUACGGUGACCAAAGUGGGAUCGGUUGGAAACCAAAUUGAGGUUGAGGCUGAGAUUUAUAGAAAAUUGUGGAGAAUAACUGUUGAUGCGUGUAGAAUAAGGUCUCGACCAGCUGCGGAAAGAGAGAACAAUCGGAUUUUCAAGGAAAAUGAAGUAGUUGAAGUACGGUUGUCUGAUAGUUGUGUUUGGAUGAAAGGAGAGAUCUGGGAAGUACAUCAUGGUACAAGCUGGAAUAACCUAUUUUAUACUAUCAAGGUAGUGGUGGACUAUGACAACCAUAUGGAACUCCUCACUGUAUCCAAGUCCCAAGUAAGAGUUCGUCGGAAGUGGGUGGAAGAAAAUUGGACAGAUUCAUGCAUUGAGCAGCACUCCUCCUUUCCUUCUUCUACGGAAUUAAAAAGGGUUGAUGAUGGCACAUGGGGUAAGAGGAGGAAAUUGGAAGAUACACAAUUUUGCAUUGGAGAUAAGGUUGAGGUCUUCAACGAUGAAGAGGGUGGAUGGAAGCCAGGUAGGAUCAUAUUGGAAUUGCGAGGAAAUCAAAUUUUGGUUGAAUCAGAAGACAACAUGUGGGAUGAGAGUGAGCAGCAGUUGUAUGAUGCACCAGUG